AUGGGCCAAACCUCAACAGAAGGUAAUCUUGAUGAGACAACCUUGGAACGCCUCAUCGAGAUGCUUGAUGAGAAUAACUGUUUAGCCAAGCUUUUCCGACGGGCACGUGACUACUACGAAGACAGCGGGCAAGAGUUUAAUAUAAGGUUGCUUUCAGAUAAAGGGAAAGGUAAAGAAUACGAUCUCCCGAGUACGAGUGAGGUCGCAGGCCUUAUCGUAGGGGAUAUGUCAUCAACAAUUGGAGUACGAGAUAUAGUGGUUCAAUUCCAAUCUGACACUUUGCAGCAGAUACGUGACGACCACCCUCUGUACAUGAGCCUCCAAUAUCCUCUUCUCUUUCCACAUGGUGAGUAUGGAUUUCACCCCGAAAUCUCAUUGCAUCUUGAGACAGGCACCUCGAGAACAAGGCAAUUCCUGACGAUACGCCAGUACUACGCUGCUCAGAUACAGACACGUCUUAACCAGGGGAUGACAUUGGUUAAAGGGGGUCGUCUCCUCCAUCAAUAUGUUGUGGACGUUUAUACGGCAAUCGAAGAAGAUCGGCUAAGGUGGGCCAGAAAUAAUCAAGAUGUUUUGCGAGCCGAGCUCUACAGUAAUGUACUCGAUGCUGUUAGCAAGGGUGACACUGAUGCUAAAGUUAUCGGACAAAGGUUCAUAUUGCCGCCCAGUUUCACCGGCGGGCCUCGAUACUUAGUUGAAAAAUAUCAUGAUGCGAUGGCUAUCUGCAGAGAAUAUGGGAACCCGGAUUUGUUUAUCACAAUGACGGCCAAUCCUAACUGGAGAGAGAUUAAAGAACAUCUUGAAAUAUACGGUGGAGACUCCCCCAAUGAUAGACCAGACAUUGAAUGUCGGGUCUUUAAGAUGAAAACACCAAGUUCGGAAGAAGUAGAUGAGAUUAUUUCAGCCGAGCUCCCAAACAAAGAAGAAGACCCCGAAGCUUAUAAUUUAGUGACAAAACACAUGAUCCAUGGUCCAUGUGGUGUCAUUAAUCCGAAGUCACCGUGUAUGGAAAAUAAUGUGUGCACAAAGAAGUAUCCUCGGCCUUAUAAUGACAGUACUUCGAUUGACAAAUCAGGGUACGUGUUAUAUCGUCGCCGCCGAAAUGAAAAUGAGUCUGUGGUUAAAAGUGGGGCAACCUUGAACAACACGUUUGUUGUACCUCAUAACGUUAAUCUCCUAAAGAAGUACGAGGCUCAUAUCAAUGUGGAAUGGUGUAACCGUACAAGCGCAGUGAAGUACUUAUUCAAGUACAUAACCAAGGGUGUUGACAGAGCAUCCGCAGUUAUUGAAAAAGGAAAUACGGCAACUACCUCUGACACAGUUGCUUCGGGAGAACCAAAGGAAAAAGUGAUUAAGCAACGGAAUGAGAUCCAAGAAUACAUCGAAGCCCGGUAUUUGUCAGCUUGUGAAGCCAUGUGGCGAACUUUCGCAUUUCACAUACAUAAAAGAAAGCCUUCCGUUGAGAAACUUAUCAUUCACUUAGAAGGCGAGCAUAACAUCACCAUUAAAGAAACUGAUAACCUCGGCCGCGUAAUCCGCAAACCAGGUAUUGAGAAGACAAUGUUUACUGAAUGGAUGGUAUUAUGCAGAAGGUCAGCAUUUGCACGAACAUUAACUUAUGUGCAAAUUCCAGAAUAUUUCGUCUGGAACAACAAUUCCAAAGUCUGGUCUGAACGUAAGAAAGGAAAAACCAUUGGGCGAAUUGUGGCUGUCCAUCCAUCAGCAGGUGAUCGAUACUAUCUGAGGAUCCUCAUCAAUAAGAUUAAAGGUCCUAGAAGUUAUGACGAGCUGAAAACUUUCAACGACGUGAAAUACCCUGACUUCAAAUCGGUUUGCCACGCACGAGGCUAUUUGGACGAUGAUGUUGAAUGGCUCGAGAGUAUGUCAGAAGGUGCUAGAACAGCCACCCCAUACCAACUCCGCGAUAUGUUUGUCACCUUUCUAACCACUUGCUUCGUUGCAAGCCCCAAAGGACUAUGGGAGCACUCAUGGAAAUCAAUGAGCGAGGACAUACUUCACAAGAGGCAAAGGAUCUUAGGCCACACAAAUCUGGAGCUGGACGAUGAGACCCUUGAACAGUACACGUUAAUCGAAGUGGAAAAGUUGAUGCGCAUGCAAGAUCGUUCUUUAAACGAUAUUAAAGAGAUGCCUAAGAUCAAACCUGUUUUGCUAAAAGAAUUGGGGAACAGUUUGUGGAACCAAGAAAUGGAUUACGAUGUUGCCGAAGAAACGCUCAGGCAUGACAAUCAGUACAAAUUGCUUAACGCCGAGCAGCGUGCGAUUUACGAAUCAGUCUUAGACUCUGUUGACAAAAAGGAUGGAAAACUAUUCUUUGUACAUGGCGCAGGAGGCACAGGAAAAACAUUCCUCUAUCAAACCAUCAUAUCCAGACUUCGCUCGAGGAAACAAAUCGUUCUCCCGGUUGCUUCUUCAGGAAUAGCCGCAUUGCUACUACCAAACGGAAGAACAGCUCAUUCACGCUUUAAUAUUCCUUUGAAGCUCGACGAAGAUAAGCUCUGCAACAUCAAACCAGGUACUAUGCUCGCUGAACUCAUCGAGAAAACGGACCUCAUCAUCUGGGAUGAGGCACCUAUGACGCACAAACAUGCCUUCGAAGCACUUGACAAAACAUUGAAGGACAUAAUGUCUAUGAAAAACCCACACGCAAAGGAUCAAACUUUUGGCGGAAAAACAGUUUUGUUAGGUGGUGAUUUUAGACAAAUCCUUCCGGUUGUUCCACAAGGGAGUAGAGCUGAUACUGUCUUAGCUUCGAUAAGUCAUUCAUAUCUAUGGAAUUUCUGCCACAAGUUCCCUUUGAAGACAAAUAUGCGAGUCAACCAGGACGAAAAAGAGUUCUCCGAUUGGCUUCUCAAAGUAGGCGAGGGUCGUCUGGAAUCAGAACAAGAAGAUGAGAACGAUGGCUACCAUGACCAAAUGGUAAAUAUCGAUCCAACAUUCCUCCAAGAGACUAAAGAUGAGUCACUAAAGCAGGUUGUCGAUGCAGCGUAUGGUGAUACCAACCAAAUAGAGGCCUCCCAAAGUACCUACACCGACAAAGCUAUCCUAACACCCCGAAAUGAUACAGUCGAUGAAAUCAAUGCGUAUACAAUCUCCAAAACCGAGGGAGAGUCAAAAGACUACUACAGUUAUGAUAGCUUUGAGGUUUCGGAAACUCAAUCUAACCAAAAUGAUACACUAUACGCCAUUGAGUAUCUCAACUCGAUGGAGUUUCCAGGAUUGCCUUCCCAUAAACUCACUCUCAAAGUUGGGGCCCCGAUUAUGCUUCUGCGAAACAUAAACCAAACAAAAGGAUUAUGUAAUGGUACCCGUAUGAUCCUAACCCACAUAGGCGAAAGAGUGCUUAAGGCAGAUAUAAUUACUGGUUCCCACAUCGGAAAUGAAGUUUUGAUCCCAAGAGUAGUCCUCUUGCAUGGGGAUACAUAG